AAGGAUUACGACGCAUGUGUGAAGGAGAGCACAGCAGCCAUGGAUCUGAAGCCGGACUAUCUCAAGGCGAUCAUGCGGCGGGCCCAGGCGUGGGAGAAGCUGGACAAGCUGGAAGAAGCACUGGGAGGCAAGUUGAAGGACCUUGGGAACUCCGUUCUGGGGCACUUUGGAAUGAGCAUUGACAAUUUCAAGGCGGUGAAGGAUCCAAACACUGGCUCCUACUCCAUUUCGUACCAGAGCUAGAACGUCUCCAAUAGUGUAGCUAUU